GACGUGGAAAUGUCAAAACCAAUACACUGUUAACCUCAAAAACAUCUGUCAUGUUUCGUUGAAAAAAAACAACAUAAAAAAUAAGUGAAAUUUUGCCAAACAAAGUGAAAUAUUUAAGAAACAAUUAACCAAAAAUCAACUAUAAUUUUUCUCCAAAAUGUCAACAAUACGUGAAAAACAGAUAAACGCCCUCAAGCAAAUGUUGAAUUUAAAUGGACAGGACAAUAAAACCGAUGUGCCAAUUUGGAAAGUUUUAAUAUACGAUCGUGUCGGUCAGGAUAUUAUUUCCCCUUUAUUAUCAGUGAAGGAACUUCGCGAACUCGGUAUAACAUUACACAUGCAAUUACACUCGGAUCGCGAAUCAAUUCCCGAAGUCCCGGCAAUUUAUUUCUGUGCCCCGUCCGAUGAAAAUCUCUGUCGUAUCGGUCAGGAUUUACAAAAUAAUCUCUACGAUAUUUAUCAUUUAAAUUUCAUAUCGCCAAUAUCGCGGCAAAAAAUGGAAGAUUUAGCCCUCGCUGCAGUGCAAAGCGGUGCCGUCGCCAAUAUACAAAAGGUAUUCGAUCAGUAUUUAAAUUUCAUAACCCUCGAGGAGGAUUUCUUCGUCCUUCGUCAUCAGAAUAGUGACGAUAUUUCAUAUCACGCGUUAAAUCGUGGCGAAAUAAAAGAUACGGAAAUGGAAUUUAUCAUUGAUACAAUUGUCGAUGGAUUGUUUUCGGUUUUCGUGACAUUGGGUACAGUUCCUGUGAUUCGUUGCCCGAAGGGAAAUGCAGCGGAGAUGGUGUCGAAAAAAUUGGAUAAGAAACUACGGGAAAAUGUUUGGAAUUCGAGAAAUAGUUUAUUUCAAUCGGAGGGUUUUAAAUCCGAGCCAAUGAGUUUUCAACGACCUUUGCUAAUUGUUUUGGAUAGAAACAGUGAUAUUGCGACGCCAUUCCAUCACACGUGGACUUAUCAGGCUUUGGCUCACGAUGUUUUAGAGUUGUCGUUGAAUCGACUUGUUAUCGAGGAAAAUACGGGAAGAUCGCCAGCCGGUAGUGUUCGUUCGAAGCCAAGAAUUUGUGAAUUAAACAAUUCGGAUCGUUUCUGGUCGCAGCAUAAAGGAAGUCCUUUUCCUAGAGUCGCAGAAGCUAUUCAGGAAGAAUUGGAACAAUAUCGUGUUUUUGAGCACGAGGUCAAGGAUCUAAAGAGUUCAAUGGGUGUUGAUGACGAAGCAGAAGCGGAAGGCCUCUUCAUCUCCAACAACACGGCUCGCUUGACGAAUGCAGUGAAUUCCCUCCCCCAACUUAUGGAACUAAAACGAUUAAUCGACAUGCAUACAUCAAUAGCAACUGGAAUUCUAAACUCCAUAAAAUCCCGAAGACUAGACACUUAUUUCGAAAUCGAGGAAAAAAUAAUGAGCAAACAAACCCUCGACUCCGGAAUUCUCGACAUCAUCAACGAUCCAGAGUGCGGUUUACCAGAAGACAAACUAAGAUUAUUCAUCAUCUAUUACCUCCUCACGAAUAUUUCCGAUCUUGACUACAAUAAAUUCGAAGCUGCCCUCACCAACGCCGGUUGUGAUCUAAAUCCCUUGCUAUACAUCCGCAGAUGGAGGAAUUUCAUGAAAAUUUCCGGUUAUCAGAAUAAUUACGAAGGCGGCGGUACGAAGACAGUGAGUAUGUUCUCAAAGCUAAUGAACCAAGGAUCCUCGUUCGUCAUGGAGGGCGUCAAGAAUCUGGUCGUGAAAAAACAUAAUUUACCAUUCACGAGAAUUGUCGACGAAUUGAUUGAAAUGAGACAGACGACGCAAACAAACGAUUAUUGUUAUCUUGAUCCGAAACAAGUGAAAAUUGUGGAACAGGCGCCGAAGACAAAAACAGAAUUUCAUGAAGCUAUUGUUUUUGUCGUUGGCGGUGGUAAUUAUAUUGAAUAUCAAAAUCUCAUGGAUUAUGUGAAACAAAAAACAAGUGGGGGUAUGAAUAAGAAAAUUAUUUAUGGUUCGACGACACUUAUUAAUGCGAAACAAUUUCUGGAGCAACUUUCUUUAUUGAGUCAAGAUGCUCAAUAGUUGGGAAAAGAAAAAUUAUUAAAUUAAAAGAAAAAUUAUAUUCACAAUUCUAUAUAGAUAAUAAAAAAAAGAAAGACUUUUUAGUAUUAGAGAAAAGCAUUUUCUUGUAAAAUAUGAGAGAGGGAGGGAUGUUUGUAAGUAAUUUGUAAACUCGUUUUCAAAAUAAAAUGUAUAAAGAUUAUAUUUUA